UUUUCCUAAAAAGGCGGACAUUUCACAAAAAUCGUCCUCAUUUACUGACUUUGGUCGCCUGUUGUAGCUGUGCUGCUAGUACUUUACUUCAGCUUUAAAAAAUUAUCUAAUAUACAUUAAAAUGGCUACUCCUGCUAUUGGUAUUGAUUUAGGAACAACUUAUUCUUGUGUUGGUGUUUUUCAACACGGAAAAGUCGAAAUUAUUGCAAAUGACCAAGGUAAUAGAACAACUCCAAGUUACGUCGCUUUUACCGAAACUGAAAGAUUGAUUGGAGAUGCUGCCAAAAAUCAAGUUGCUAUGAAUCCCAGUAACACAGUUUUUGAUGCUAAAAGAUUAAUCGGGCGACGUUUUGAUGAUUCUGCUGUUCAAUCUGAUAUGAAACAUUGGCCUUUUGAUGUCGUCAGCGAUGGAGGCAAGCCCAAAAUUCAAGUAGAAUACAAGGGUGAGAAUAAGACCUUUUUCCCUGAAGAAAUCUCUUCUAUGGUUCUAACUAAAAUGAAGGAAAUUGCUGAAGCAUAUCUAGGAAAGACUGUAAUCAAUGCUGUUGUUACCGUUCCUGCCUAUUUCAAUGAUUCUCAGAGGCAAGCCACAAAGGAUGCCGGUACUAUUGCUGGACUUAAUGUUCUUCGAAUUAUUAAUGAACCUACUGCUGCUGCUAUCGCUUAUGGUCUAGACAAAAAAGGAACUGGUGAGCGAAAUGUUCUUAUCUUUGAUUUGGGUGGUGGCACCUUUGAUGUAUCUAUCCUUACUAUUGAAGAUGGUAUCUUUGAAGUAAAGUCCACUGCUGGGGACACUCAUUUGGGUGGUGAAGAUUUUGAUAAUCGCAUGGUCAAUCACUUUGUCCAAGAAUUUAAGAGAAAGCACAAAAAAGACUUAACCUCAAACAAAAGAGCUCUAAGAAGAUUGCGAACUGCCUGUGAACGUGCAAAGAGAACCCUGUCUUCUAGUACUCAAGCAAGUAUUGAAAUUGAUUCUCUCUUCGAAGGUGUUGACUUCUACUCCACCAUCACAAGGGCCAGAUUUGAAGAACUGAAUGCUGACCUUUUCCGAAGCACCCUUGAGCCUGUUGAGAAAGCCCUUAGAGAUGCAAAACUAGAUAAAGCUCAAGUCCAUGAUAUUGUAUUGGUUGGAGGGUCCACACGUAUUCCCAAGAUCCAAAAGCUCCUUCAAGAUUUCUUCAAUGGUAAAGAAUUGAACAAGAGUAUUAAUCCCGAUGAGGCUGUUGCUUAUGGAGCUGCUGUUCAAGCUGCUAUUUUGAAUGGUGACAAGUCUGAACAAGUUCAAGAUUUGCUUCUGUUAGAUGUAACUCCCCUUUCCCUUGGAAUUGAAACUGCUGGAGGUGUCAUGACUGUUCUGAUUAAGCGAAACACAACAAUCCCUACCCGACAGACCCAAACAUUCACCACUUACUCUGAUAAUCAGCCCGGAGUACUUAUUCAAGUAUAUGAAGGUGAACGUGCCAUGACAAAGGACAAUAACUUAUUAGGAAAAUUCGAACUCACUGGUAUUCCUCCUGCUCCUCGUGGCGUGCCUCAAAUUGAAGUAACUUUUGAUAUUGAUGCUAAUGGUAUCUUGAAUGUAUCUGCUGUUGAUAAAAGCACUGGUAAAGAAAACAAAAUCACUAUCACCAACGACAAAGGCAGAUUAUCUAAAGAAGAAAUUGAAAGGAUGGUUAAAGAUGCUGAAAAAUACAGAGAUGAUGACGACAAACAAAAGAGCAGAAUUGCUGCUAAGAACUCUCUUGAAAGCUAUGCAUUCAACAUUAAGUCAACAAUAGAAGAUGAAAAGCUUAAAGACAAAAUCUCAGACGACGAUAGGAAAAAGGUUUUGGAUAAAGUUAAUGAUACUUUGAAAUGGUUAGACAGCAAUCAGCUUGCCGAAAAGGAAGAAUUCGAUGACAGACAAAAAGAACUUGAAAACAUUUGCAAUCCUAUCAUCACAAAACUGUACCAAUCUGCUGGUGGUGCUCCUGGAGGCAUGCCUGGUGGUUUCCCUGGUGCAGGCGCUGGAGCUGGAGCUGCACCUGGCGGAGGCAGUACUGGUGGACCAACAAUUGAAGAGGUGGAUUAAGAUCAUUCCGAACUAUGCUUUGUGACUAUUAAUUUAUAAUGUAGUUUUGUGAUAAACUGUUGAAACUGCUUCUAAGAAUCAGUUGUGGACUUCAUAUGUUAUGUUCAUUCAGGUAAAAUUACUUGGACUCAUUUAAUCAUAAAGCAUUGUUUUCAUUUUCACCUUAACAUCUAGUUAUAUGAAUUUCUUUUUCUGUGUAAAAAGUUUUUGUAUAAUUUCUGUUGAAUAAAUUUUUUCAAUUGCUUAA